ACUUCAGUAAAAUGAUAUUGAAUCCCCCAUCUGACUGACUUCAUCAGUUGUCAAACAUGAAGUCCAAGGUCGAGAGCGAGGCAGCCAAGGAGAGCAAGGAAGAGACGCCCAACGAUGGCCCGGGCUACCCUGUGGGGACUACACUGGUUGCGCGCUGGAUGGGCAAAACGGAGCGCACAUGUGUCGUGAUCGAGCGCAGUACGUAGAGCUAUCUCCGCGUUUUUUUAUAGAACAUUUCAGAGGCUGGUACUAUCAUUUAAUUUUUUUUACUGCUUUGCCCACAUAGCGGCGCUGAGCAAUGAUCGGUUCAAGUAUUAUGUACACUGGCAUGAUUUCAACCGCCGUAUGGACGAAUGGAUCAACGAACACGAGAUCGUGCGCCGAGGCACCGACGAGGAGACACUCGAGCUGCAGGAAAAAGACGCCAAGGAGAAGGAGAAAGAGCAGCGUGCCAAGAGCCGCAGCAAGAGCAAGGCAACUGGCGCUGGAGACAAGAAGGACGGGGCCGCAGGUUCGAGUACAGAUCCCUCAGCUCGUACUCGAGGGCAAAAGCGAAAGACUCCGGAUGAUCAGGAUUUCAUUCCUCAAGAAGAAGAACAUGACGAACACGAAGGUAUGGAUGCCGCCAGUAUUCGAGAGCACGAGGAGGUCACUAAAGUCAAGAAUGUGCGGUUUGUCGAGAUGGGACGCUUUCGUAUGGCUGCUUGGUACUUCUCGCCGUUUCCGAAGGAGUAUUAUCCGGACGGGUCAAUCGAUUGUCUGCAUUUCUGCGAGUUCUGCAUGGCAUUCUUUCGCUUCAAACGCGAACUGAAAGUGCACCAAGAGCGCCGAGUGUGCAACCGCCAUCCGCCAGGCAACGAAAUAUACCGACAUGAAAAUCUGAGCGUUUUCGAGGUGGACGGCGCAAUUUCCAAGGUUUACUGUCAGAAUCUAUGCUACUUCGCCAAGCUGUUCCUGGACCAUAAGACGCUUUACUACGACGUGGACCCGUUCCUAUUCUACAUUAUCUGUGAAAUCGACUCGCGUGGCUUCCAUCCGGUGGGCUAUUUCUCCAAGGAGAAAUACUCGGAGCUGGGUUACAAUCUGGCUUGUAUCCUUACGUUCCCAUGCCAUCAACGCAAAGGCUACGGUCACUUCAUCAUCCAGUUCUCAUACGAACUCAGCAAGAAAGAAGAGAAGGUGGGCUCGCCUGAAAAGCCUCUAUCAGAUCUUGGACUCGUAAGUUAUCGAAGUUAUUGGACGCGCGAACUGCUGCGUAUUCUACGAGACUAUCCGGAAAAAGAGGUAUCCAUCAUGGAGCUCACUCGGAUGACGUCCAUCAAGAACGAGGACAUUAUCGCGACACUGCAACACCUCAACAUGAUCAAGUAUCUAGGCGGACAGUACGUGUACGUGGUUCCAAGGCAGAUCGUGGACGCGCACCUGACAAAGCUGACGAAGAAAGGCCCUCAGGUCGUUCCUGAGAAGCUGCACUGGGCACCGCUGCACUUGGACAUUAAGCGCGACAAGUGGUCGUUAAAGGCAAUGACAGCAGACAAGGAGGACUAGAAACUAAGACGAGAAAUAUCGUAAUUCAUGGCAGUUUUUUCCUUGGUCUA